AAACAAUUUGGGUUUGUCUGCAACAUGUCCCCACAUCCACGUGACAGUGUUUCUCUCACAACGUAGAGUUUCUCCUUUCCACACACCAAUGCCCAAUGAUAAAUAACGCCUCUGCAUUCUUCCAUGAAUCACAUCACAAAACAUAUUCAAACUUUGAAGGCAAAUAGCAACACAAUCACAAAUUCACAAUGGCUGUUAGAAAAUCAAGUAAGAAGCCACAAGCAGAAGUUAUCAAGCAAAUUCUGAGAAGGUGUUCAAGUUUUGGGAAGAAACAGGGCUACAAUAAUGAAGAGGGUCAUCUUCCUGAAGAUGUACCAAAAGGACACUUUCCAGUGUAUGUUGGAGAAAACAGGACAAGAUAUAUUGUCCCAAUUUCAUGGUUGGGUCACCCACAGUUUCAAAGCCUGCUCAGAAAAGCUGAAGAGGAGUUUGGUUUCAAUCAUGAUAUGGGCCUUACUAUCCCAUGUGAUGAACUUGAUUUUCAGUACCGUACCUCAUUGAUCAGAUAAGAGAUCAAAAAUUCAAUCCCUUGUCAACGUGUAUAUUACUUGUCAAGAAGAGAUUUCUUACAACUAAAAUCCCUUUUGUGAAGUGAGUGGUUCUGAGUCUGACUAACAUUCUUACGUUUGGUAUUGUAAUAGAUACGUUGAUGGUAAAGAAAUUUCCUUGGCAAAGCCAUGUCUAUCAUUAAUGAAUGAGUAAAGAUUUAUUUGAAG